CAAGAUACAAGUAUAACGGUGUACAAGAUACAAGUAUAACGGUGUACAAGAUACAAGUAUAACGGUGUACAAGAUACAAGUAGGUAUUGUUGUAACAGGUGUAUCAGAAUUACAAGUACCAAAUUAAUAGGACAAGUAGAACAGUUUAGUAUGGAUUCUUAUCAGAGUAAUAACCUGAAAGUCGGUAUGUCUAUGGCUGGCAUGGCUGGCAUGGCUGGUAUGGCUGGUAUGACGAUGUCGGGUAUGACAGUGUCUGGAAUGACAAAUAUGACGGCGCCAGGGAUGGCAGGCAAUCAAGAGUACUUGGAUGUGGUUGACGGUGACUCGUCACAUUCAUCAUCUUCGAUGAUCCAAAAUCUUCGUGAAACCAGCUUGGGCAGUGCUUAUUCGAGUGCCAAAUCAAGCGCCAACCCUGGUUUGGCCCAAAAUAAGUUUUGGAGACCGGUUGCUAACCCUGGCGGUGAUGUUCUACCAAAUAUGUUAUAUUAUGAAGAUGGGAAUUAUCAAACAAAUACAUUACCUAGGUACAAUUCUGAUUCUUAUAUUACGAGAAAUCAGAUUAAACGAGAUGAUAAAUUGAAGCGUCCGAUUGCUUUAAACGUAAAUGCUCAAAGUUAUAAUCCGUAUGAUUAUACUAAUUUUGUUAACAAUGAUACUAAUAAAUCAAUUGAACAAUUAAAUUUCGAAUUGGCUUUGAAAAAUAAAACAAUUGAUAACUUAUCUGAACAAUUGAAGUCUUUGCAAAAGAUUAAUCCAAAAACAAAUUUAGAUUCAAUGACGGUUCCUGCUAAUUAUCAUCAAUUAUUUAGAGAUUUAACCCAGGCUCUUAAUGAAAAAACAAUUGAGUUAGAAAAUACAAAACAAAGAUUAGAAGCGUUAUUGGUUAGUUGUUCUAUCACUAAUGACAAUCAGAAAUCAAUUUCCUUAAAUGGUCAAUUUGAUGAGCAAGAAUUAACCCAUAAAAUUAUCAAUAAGUUAUCAAUCUUAUCCAAUGAAAAUGAAAAUUUAUUGAAAAUGAUUAGUUAUAGUAAUAAGCUGAGUUUAUUGGUUGAAUUGGGCUUGUUACGUAACGAAAACAAGCUCUUGAAGCUGAAACUCAGUGAAAAUAAGUAG